AUGGCCGGUGCCUCUUCGUCCUCCGGAUCGUCCUUCACCUCAUCGUCUCUCGGGCGACCUCCUACCUAUAGCCGUUCCCAUGUCAGCCCAGUAGAUUCGACCUGGACCCCGAUCUCGGGCGUGUCGACGCUGUCAGCGCCGUCCACCGGGGGCUCUGUCGCGCUCCAAACGUCCCUUCGUCCGCUGGAUCUGGGGCCGCCAGGAUAUCAAGCAACAAUAGUUUUGUUCCAAGACACCCCAGACGAGCGCACAGUGUAUCUAGGCCCAUGGGAAGUGGUUGGUUCAGAGCAAAGACGAGUCUUGUGGCAAUGUAGCUACCAGAACGAGCUGCUUGAGCAUUACUUACCAUCGGAUAUCCCGUCAGAGAUCCAUCCACAUACACUUCAUUCUCGACAUCGACAGUACCAUGAUCCUUCGGACAUGGAACGAUAUCUGACGUUCCCUGAACCUCAUCGGAUCCGGUACUUCUCCGACGAAGGUGUUUGUAUUCAUGACCAGUACAUUCAAGUCAGAUACGAAUUCACAACUGUAGAUGCAUCUGUUCGAUUUCAGGGAGAUUUACGACGAAAGGACAUGGUAGGAUUUUAUGAUGUGGAUGUCGUAUGGACUAAUGUCCAUGGCCGAACAGAUAGUUUUGGUAAGGUCAAGGGAAUCGGAGCAAUUCAACGUCUCAAGAUGUGGCGCGACCGAUAUACCACGUUCCAUUCCCUAAGCGUACUUGCAAACAAGACGGACGGCCAGUAUCGCGAGUACGAUGUGCACAUCUUUGAUGGAGAGCUGCGAAGUCGUGAUGAUCGAGCGAAACAAUUGAAGCUUAGUGUUCGGGGUCGGCGAGGUAGCGCACCUGAUGAGGCCUCUCAACGCCGAUUCUCGUUUGCUCGGGGGGUACGACCAAGAGUACGAUCAUCAGGAGGUAAUAUUGGCCAGAGUAGCUCAGAAUCGAACCCGUCGUCUGCACAACCUGUCGACAUUCGUUAUUUAUCCAUUCAGUUUAGCAGCCGGCAAGAUUACCGACGGUUUCUCGAAAUGUGGCUGUAUGCUCACAGUACUGAUCGAGACUUUCAAGGGAUUCCCUUUCCUCCGCACCAUUUUGAACUACCUUCACCACAAAUGCUGCCAGGUCAGCCAGUUGAGCUCGAGUCCCCCGAUUGGACUCGCACACUCGAGCCUGUUGCCGAGCCAGAAGAAUCAGACGACAGGGGAUGA